AUGAUGCCGCAUCAGCAACCACCAGUCGAAGCUCCCCUACAGUUCUGUCCGACAUCGAUUGCAGCAAUUUCUUCAACGUUGAACGUCCUCAACACUGCUGGGAACCGUCUUGAGGACCUGCAAGAGCUGACACCUCUACGGCUAUCGACCUUGGACUUGUCUGAGAACAAGAUCCGUCAGGUCGGUGAGCUCAAAGAAGUGAUCUCAGGAGAUGUCCUGCGCCGCGUGACUCUGCAAGGGAAUCCCUUUGCCUUCCAUGAUCGACGCUAUCGUAGCGCUGUUGUCCUUUGCAGCACUGCCAUAGAGGAGAUUGAUGGUCGCGAAGUGCUGCCUCAGGAGACGUGGCGCCUGGUCGUUGCGGUCAGCCGAACUUCCGAGUCAGCUGAGGUCGACACCGAGUCAGAGAGGCCGAUUGAUUUGCAGGAGCGAGACUUUGUCAGACGGCUGGACGAACAGAAGCGCAAACUAAAUGUCGCAUCCUUAGGGAGAGAAGAGCACGGAAUCAUUUGUGCUUGGCACUCCAUUAGCAUGUGGUGCUUGGCAGGCACAGCGCAAAAAACAUCUGAACCGGGCAGCUACGGAUGGAAGACCAAGAAAUCUUGGUGCCAUGCCCGAGAAGGCACUUUGACGGGACAAUGUGAGAUGUGA